AUGACAUUGAAUCUUGUCAAUGAGAUGAAAGACAAUGGUGAUACUGUAGAAGAUUCAGCAAUUGUUGAAAAGAUAUUAAGAAGCUUAUCUGAGAAGUAUGAAGCAAAAGUAACUGCUAUUGAAGAUUGUAACACUGCUGCAACUAUAAAUCUUAAUGAACAAAGAUUGUUGGAGAAAACAAUUGCUGCAAAACAAGUUGAAGAAGCACUUCAAAGUCAAGUAAGCUGGAGAAGCAAUCAAGGAAAACCUAAUGCUGGAGAUAACAACUACAAGGAAAAUUUAAAAGAUAAUAUUGCAGAAAGCCAAGAAGAAAAAGAAGAAGAAGAAAAGAAAGAAAAUAUGUUGUUGGCUUGUCAUACACCUGAAGAACAACCUCAACAUAAGUGGUAUUUAGAUACUGGUUGCAGUAACCACACGUGUGGAAGAAAAGACUUAUUUGAGAGUCUAGAUGAAUCUGUAAGAUCCACAGUGAAGUUUGGUAAUAAUUCUACCAUUCUAGUUAUGGGGAAAGGGAGAAUUGAGAUUGUUCUCAAGAAUGGAGUGAAGACUUACAUCAUGGAUGUAUUCUAUGUACCAGGAUUACAUCAAAACUUGUUGAGCAUGGGACAAUUGUCUGAAAGAGGAUAUGUAUGA